UUCAGGAUCGGGGUUGGACGAGGCCCUUGUGGGGGGGCCACUACGGUGUUGAACGAACGACACGUGCGGAUGAGUUGUUUUGCCGAGGAGCGUGGACGUGCAUGUGCGCGCGUGUGACGGUGAAGCUGCGCCGCCGAACUCUAGCCGAAGACUGCGUCCUUCCAGCAUGCCACGACCUCCGAGGUCUUGCCGCAUGUACCUGUGCUUAGGUGCAAUCUGACCUGGACCGAGUACCUGCUGCCUGGAGAGUCCAGCGCAUGGCCGACGUACCUGAGAGCUACGACAUGCUGUCGACGUCCACAUUGGGCCCGAUGGUGGCCAACGUGACGUCCAUGACGUUACGGGUCACCAGGGACCAAUCAGUGUCGCGCAUCUACAGCAACAGCACGCCUGCUUCUCACCUCAACCUGACCACGGGUCACGGUGAUUCCGAAGAGUUCGUGCCAUAUGAGCAAAGGCUAGAGACAUACGUGGUGCCCACGCUUUUCGCCUUCAUAUUCCUCGUCGGGCUACUCGGCAACGGAACGCUGAUCCUCGUGUUCAUUCGGAACCGGACAAUGCGCAGUGUUCCCAACAUCUACAUCAUGAGUCUCUCUCUGGGCGACUUCAUCGUCAUCGCCGGCACUGUGCCGUUCAUCAGCACCAUCUACAUUCUAGACUCGUGGCCCUACGGGCUUUUCCUCUGCAAGCUGAGCGAGUUCCUUCGGGACGUGUCCAUCAGCGUGACCGUGUUGACGCUCACUGUGCUUAGCAUAGACCGGUACGUGGCCAUCGCUAUGCCGCUUCUCAACCACAAAGGUCGUCGACACACAAGACGAACUAUUACCAUCAUGCUUACGGUGGCGGUGUGGAUGGUCGCCGUACUGUUGGCAAUACCAGGAGCCCACUUUUCGUUCGUAAUGGAAGUGGAGGCCACUCCCGAGCUGAAAUACAGUGUGUGCUACCCGUUUCCGCCUGAGAUGUGGCCUUGGUACCCGAAGCUCAUGGUGCUCAUGAAGUUCCUAGUCCAGUACUUGCUGCCGCUGGCGAUAAUCGGCACGUUCUACGGUCUCAUGGCCCGCCAGCUGAUUCGCACGUCCCGCGCUAACCUGACGCAGCCUGGCUGUGGCGGAGUGGCGCAGCUCAAGCAGAUGAAAGCACGCGUCAAGGUGGCCAAGAUCGCCCUGGCUUUUGUCAUCCUCUUCGCCGUGUGCUUUUUCCCAAACCACGUGUUCAUGAUGUGGUACUAUUUCGCACCCGACGCUCCGUCGCACUACAACAGCUUCUGGCACGUCUGGAAGAUCAUGGGCUACGUGAUGACGUUCGUCAACUCGUGCUUGAACCCCAUCGCCCUGUACCUGGUCAGCGGAGUGUUCCGCAACCAUUUCAAGCACUACCUCUUCUGUAGCCGACGUGCGGCCAGCGGUGCCCACUCGCGCAACAAUUCCUAUUCUUUCCGCACAAUUCACAGCUCCAGCAUGUCCAAGUGUACGGCGUCCACGAAGAUCUGACGAAUGACCUGCCUCCGAAGGAGAGCAAAGGUCAAAUGCCAUGGUCAAAACGGGCUUCAUGCCAUCGAUGAACCGGAGUUUAGGUCCGUUUCUGAGAGAACCUUUUAGAUCUGCCUGCGUUCACCACCACCAGACAUUCCACGAGUAUGCGCCUGCGACAUUUGGCUCCCUAACGACCACUACUUGUCACGUGCUUUCGGAAUGCUACCAGUGCACGGCAACUCUAAUAAGGGCACAAACAACUUGUUUAACAGUCAGGCCACUACCAUCUAUUUGGAACUGAUGGUGCUUGUUCAAGAAGACUGUGCGUGGUUUGUGGUUUCACUGAGAGUCUUUUGUGUACUGCAAGUGCUCUGAUGCCUUGUAAUGGUGCACUGAAGGCUUGCCGAACAAUGAUUGGUGCAAAGAGGUACCAAAGGCGCCCGUUACGCGUUUCAGUGGUACCUAUUACUACGUGAUGCAUGUUGUACAUUAGUGUCAUUGUGGUGUGACAGUGAUCAGGUACAUGCCAUUAUAAACUGGCUUUCCCCGAUUCGCCGAUUCCUAAAGUAGGUUUAUGGGAACCUGUAAGACAUUCUCAUGUACAUAAUGUUCAUCUUUAGCAGUGUUCGAUGAGUAUUGCGUAUUUAACGUGUGCGCGUUGAUGAAAUGUACGAAAAAAAAAUCUUCACUAUGGAUCUCCUGUUCAGGUGCGCAUUGUGUUCUCUUAAGUGAAGCAAAAAAAAAAGCGAAUAUUUGUCUUACCACUUCGCUUUUUGUGUACCGAAGCCAGGAAUGGCAUGCGACCUCAAUGGGACCAAUUUAUCCCUGACUGUACGUUUGAUGCUGUUGCAGCUAAAGAACAGAAUGUUUAUGAGCGAAUGACGUGAGUGCAUUUCGGGGUUGAUCAUGAACGAACCUUCGGAAUUGCAUUUGAAUCAUCGAUCAUGCAGUCGUCUCUGUGUAAAUAUCGGCGAGAGUCUACGUAAACGUAACAUAGAUACACGCGAUUACUUUAUUUCACAGUCGCCAUAACGGUCGUGCCAUUUUUAUUGAAACUAUAUUACUUGCUGUCAGAGGAGAAAACCUUUUAAACAGACCCUAAAAAAUUGUCAGAAUUAGCUUCACAAUGCAAACAUGUUGAGGGGAAUGCAUGUAAGGCCCCUCUAAAAGCAAGCUAAGGUAUGUGCACACCCACAAACAUAUAUGUACUGCUUGUAUAUGCACCCACAGACCGCCAGGCAUAGCUUUCGAAACAUUACCACGUCUAAAAAAGAAACUAAUAAUUGUAGGCUUUCUUGUCAGAAGUAUGAGAUGUAAAACCCUUGCCACGGGAUCUUUAAAGGGACACUAAAGAGAAACAAUGGAUCGGUUUAGAUUGAUAAAUUGUACUUUGAGAACUAUAAUGUCGUUAAUUUCACCAUCAUCGGUGCAUUAAUAAAGGAGAAAAGGAAGUUCAAAGAUUGAAUUUUAAAUUUCGCGCCAAAAUCUUCACGCGUGACGUCACGAAUUUCAAAGCGUACUUAUCCUAUAUUGGAGCCAUUGGCUCAACAAAAUUUCCUAAAACUUGGUAUGUUAACUACAUGGCCCCCUCAGAGGACAGUGUACUUCAUUUUUACCGUUUAGGAACUACGUAGGCCCUAGUAGGCGCCGUCAAAAUAUGUGACGUCACGGCGAAUGGUGCGGAAUCUUCAAGGUGGCGUCGCCACCCACAUUUCCUUUUUGCGCGAUUUCACGCUUAUAAAGGUGUUCUCGUAGAAAGCGUAGUGUUUCUGGUCCCGUGGAAGAGUAGUUCACUAAUACGAGAAAAAUCGUUUUGCUCUUUAGUGUCCCUUUAAGAUAUUAUUGAUAAAUUAUUUAUUACCAUCAUUUCCUAGUGCGGAAAAUCUGCUGCUAUUAAUUGUUGUCUAAGUGAGCCUUAAGAGUGGAUGAUGCAGCUCAUUGAGAAGCGUAUCACUAUGUCCGCCGGACGAUCAAUCGUACUACGAAACGAAGAUCUUAAAUGCGUACUUACCGUACCAUUCGGCCAUUUCGCAAUACUUUCUUCUGAGGACACUGACACUGAUCAUUCGAAUUUGAAACUUUCGUGAUGUACAACUGAUACGGGAGUGAACAUUGUCGACCUGCUAACGAAGGUGACGUCCAAAAUUGUUUCAGUGAGUUCUCUAGGAUUUGUGAAGAAUAAUAUUACAGGAUGCGCUUAGGUAUUAUGCCGAAGGUAGCAUACGUAUGCUAUAAAUGAAUAUGUUUCCGAAGCUACUUAAUAUCCUCGCGUCUUGCACGUUCUUAGUAGCGCUUGUAGUUUCGUAAGGCACCACUGUUACGGAACGUGAGGGAAGACGUUCAAGGAUAACUGUCUCUUUUGAAUAUAUUUACUUAAGGCUUUGAAGUCGGGAACACGCAGCACCGUUGUCUUGAGAGUUAGCGGCCCGGACUUAAGUGGCUCAUGAAAAGUCAUACUCCAUUAUUACAGUCCCAUUGCGAAUCUGACGACGCUUCGCACAACAUAAGCUGGGCGUCAGUACGUCUGGUUAAGGAAAUGUACGAGACUUUUCCGAAGCGUUCGGACAAGAAUCUGCAGUCGCGUCAGCCAUUAGAGCAGGCAUUCACGCCUUCAAGUUUAUUGUGGCAAGAGUGUUUAAACCUUCGCUAUCAAUUCAAAAAAUAUUUUGUGACUCUCUUCCCGAACGCAUCCUGAAUUGUUGUAACCUUCAAGAGAUCUCAUUGUUCUGCUCACUAGUUGCGUCAUCAUUACGCUAUAGGCCUUUUCUUGCGGUGCUUGAGUGUCGAAUGACGAGCGGGCCAACGUGAUCUAAUCGAAUAUCCCUUCACAGAGCCAGAAAAUGUACAAGAUGUGUUAUUCGCCGCUUUCCCUUUCGUCGCGAGUCACUUACAGGUAUUUUCGAAGUGCGGGGCCUGCCGCGGCAGUCAUGACCUGAGAUUCGUCGUUCACUGUGGUUCUUUGACGUGUGAAUUGUGUUUGUAACAGUAAGAACGUGUUCAGUGUAUUUAAGCUCUGUAUUCUUCGUGACAUUUUCAGCAUUAAGCAUGUACAUAGUUAUUUAUGCGACAAAUACUGUGUCAGUUCUGUGUGACCUAUAUAACCCCC